AUGUCUCUCAUUUCAGACGCUAUUUGGGCCGCAUCCCCUACCACCACCCGAGGACAGCCGACUCCUCUGUCCUCGGACCCCAAGGGCGAGCGGAUAGCAUAUGCAUCGGGCAAAUCAGUCUUCCUCCGCUCCAUCGACGACCCCGCCGUCAGUAAACAGUACACGCAGCACACGACCCAGACCACGGUCGCGCGCUUUUCGCCCUCCGGCUUCUAUGUCGCCAGUGGAGAUGUUUCGGGGACAGUAAAGGUGUGGGACUGUGCGGGAGAGGGCGCGACGAAAGGCGACUACCACAUCAUCGCCGGACGAAUCAACGACAUUGCUUGGGAUGGCGACUCGCAGCGUAUCAUUGCAGUAGGCGACGGCAAAGAACGCUUUGGACACUGCAUCACGGCAGACAGCGGCAACAGCGUAGGAGAGAUCGCAGGGCACUCUUCGCAGAUCAACUGCGUGUCUAUCCGCCAACAACGGCCUCUACGCGCCGUAACCGGCUCGGAUGAUACUAGCUUGGUCUUUUACCAUGGCGCACCAUUCAAGUUCAACACCAGCCUCAGAGGGCAACACAACCGCUUCGUCUAUGGCAGCGCCUUUGCCCCAGACGGUUCGGUCUUCGCUAGCGUAGGCGCUGACAAGCGCAUAUGGCUGUACGAUGGAAAGACUGGCGAGGCAAAGGGCCAGAUUGGAGAUGGAGUUCACACCGGCAGUAUCUUUGGCAUCUCUUGGUCGAAAGACUCAAACAAGUUCGUCACGGCCAGUGCAGACCAGACCGUCCGGAUUUGGGACCCAGAGGCGGGCAAAGCCAUCCAGACGUGGAGAAUGGGCGAAGAGGGCGUCGUCAGCGUGCCUGACCAGCAAGUGGGUGUGGUCUGGCCGACGGGCCGUAGCGACGGGUUGAUCGUGAGUGUUGAUCUGGAAGGAAACUUGAACUACCUGGUCGACGGUAACCCAAAACCAACGCGAGUCGUACGCGGUCAUCAGAAGAACAUCACGUCAGCCAGCAUCUCAGGAUCAACCUUCGCCACGGGAAGUUACGAGGGGCGCGUUCUUGCGUGGGACGUUUCCACAGGACUCGCAGAUAAAAUCGAAGGUGCAGCACACUCCAACUACGUGGCAGGCAUCACUGCCACCGAAUCCAAGGGCGAGGCAGAACUUUACAGUGUAGGCUGGGACGAUACCCUGCGAUCCAUUUCCAUUUCUAGUAAGAUCUUCACUGGGGAGGCAAGUGAACUGAAGUUCCAGCCGAAGGGUAUCGCUGCGACAUCGGGCGUAGUACUGGUUGCAUCGUCCGAGUCUAUAGCCGUAUACUCCAACGGCGUGCAGAAGAACUCACUCUCAGUCAAAUAUGCACCCACGGCUAUCGCAGCUUAUGGAUCUACUGUCGCCGUCGGCGGAGACGAUAAGCUCGUACAUAUUUAUACCCUUUCUGGCACAGAUUUGAAAGACACGGAAACGGUGCUUCGCCGCGCUACGUCGCCCAUAUCCGCAGUAGCGUUUUCAUCAUCAGGCGAUAAGAUCGCGUUUGGCACAAGCAACGGUAAAAUUUACGCUUUUGAGGUGGCGGACUGGAAGCUUAUCACAGAUCGAUGGAGUGCGCAUACCGCGCGUAUCACGUGUCUGGCCUGGGAUGCGAGUGGAAAAUACGCCGCAAGCGGGAGCCUGGACACGAAUGUCAUGGUCUGGAGCACUGAGGAUCCAGGAAAGCGGAUCAAGGCACUCAACGCUCAUAAGGAUGGUGUUUCGGGUGUGGCGUGGGAGAAGGCUGGGAAGGUCAUCUCAGCUGGGGGUGAUGCAAGCAUCAAGGUAUGGAUUGUGAAGGACUAA